AUUACAGUUUUUUUUUUUUGGGUUAAAAUUUAGCAAUGACUGGUUAAGUAGAGUCUAGAGAGAGGCCGUUGUGUAGUUCUCUCACAUUAGGGCUCUCUCUUUCUCUCGAUAGGCACAUACUCUCAUCACCAAAACAAAAAUAAUAAUAAAAAAUCCCCAAAUCUUUCUAAGCCCUAACGACGAAGGGAUCUGCAGGAACGCACUCGGAUUGGAUCCAUGAAGUGGUUUGUUAUGCUUUUUUAAAGCUUUUUGGUUUUAUUGAACUAUAGAGGUUUUUUUUUUUUUUAAGUGAAUUUUGAAUUAGGGUUUGAUCUGAUUUGAUUUGGAAUACGGAAUGGAGCCUCCAGAGGUAAAAAAGAGGGGUAGAGGCAGACCGAGGAAACGGAGGCGAGAAGAGGAUGAAAUUGAUAAAAAGGUGGAAGUUGCUAUUAAAAGGCAGGCUUUGGAAAUGAGAUGGAAGCCACUUGUGGGUAGAUAUGUGUUGAAAGAGUUUGAUGAUAAUGGGGUUUUUCUAGGGAAAAUUGUGUCUUAUGAGAGUGGGUUAUAUAGGGUAGAUUAUGAAGAUGGGGAUUGUGAGGAUCUAGAAAGUGGUGAGUUACGACAAUUAAUUUUAAGUGAUGAUUAUUUUGAUGAUGAGUUGAAUGAAAGGAGGGUAAAAUUAGAUCAACUAGUGUUAGAAAAGAGUAUAAAGAAGAAUAAGAAGGAAGUGGCUGAUUUGAAAAAUGAGGUAGAUAGGGUUGAGACGUCAGCUUUGACUGAUGUUGAGAAUGAUGGGGCACAAGGUGAGGGUGAUGCAGAUUCCUCGAGUGAUUCGUGUGAGUAUGCACAAGAUGGGGAUUUGGAACCAGUGGUCGAGGUUCCAAUUGUUCCACCCCCGCAAUUGCCUCCAUCAUCAGAGACUAUAGGUGUGCCAAAGGAAUGUGUUUCACAUCUUUUCUCUGUAUAUGGAUUCCUGAGGUCAUUCAAUAUUCUCCUAUUCUUGAGUCCAUUUACAUUGGAUGAUUUGGUUGGGGCAAUUAACUGUCAUGUUCAGAACACACUGUCGGAUGCCAUUCAUGUUGCUUUAAUGCGUGCAUUAAGACGUCACCUCGAGGCACUCUCUUCGGAUGGUUCAGAAGUGGCAUCAAAAUGUUUGAGAUGCCUUGAUUGGAGUUUGCUGGAUUCACUUACUUGGCCUGUUUAUUUGGUGCAAUAUUUUACAGUAAUGGGAUAUGCUAAAAGACCAGAGUGGAAAGGGUUUUAUGAUGAUAUUUUGAAGAGGGAGUAUUAUUCCUUACCGGUGAGCAGGAAGUUGAUGAUAUUGCAAAUUCUCUGUGAUGAUGUUUUGGAUUGUGCAGAGAUAAGAGCAGAAAUUGAUGCACGGGAAGAAUCAGAAGUUGGCAUGGAUCCUGAUGCAAUUGCUACCAGUCUUUCUGAAAAUGGACCAAGAAGGGUCCAUCCUAGAUAUUCCAAGACUUCAGCAUGCAAGGACAAGGAGGCUAUGGAGAUUAUUGCUGAAAACCAAGGAACUAAGUCCUCUUGUUGCUCAAAAUAUUUGGGUUGGGAGGGAGAUGGUCACGAUGUUGGUAUGGAUGGUAAUAGUGAUGAAUGCCGGCUUUGCGGCAUGGAUGGUACCUUGCUAUGUUGUGACGGUUGCCCAUCAGCAUAUCAUUCCAGAUGUAUUGGUGUUGUCAAAAUGUAUAUACCUGAGGGCCCAUGGUAUUGUCCAGAGUGCACAAUUAACAAGUUGGGACCUACUAUUAUCAUGGGAACCUCACUUAAAGGAGCAGAAAUAUUUGGUGUUGAUUUGUAUGAGCAAGUCUUCUUGGGUACUUGCAAUCACUUACUGGUGCUUAGAGCUUCUGCUAGCACAGAACCAUGUCUCAGAUACUACAGUCAGAAGGACAUACUGAAGGUUCUGCAAGUUCUGUCAUCCUCUGUGCAACAUAGAUCCUCAUACCUGGAGAUAUCUAAGGCAAUUGCAGACUACUGGAGCAUCCCACAAAGUGCCUUUUCCCCUUCUGAGACAUUAGAAAGAGUACCUAGAGCAUACAUAAAGGAAGAUGAUAAAUCCUUGUCUUUUUCAGUUCCGUUGACCUGCAAAGAAAGCCAAAUGGCUGCAUAUAUUGCAGGUGCUGAGAAUGCAAUUAAUUUGAGUAUUAGUAAUGUAGAUAAUGUGGCAGUUUCGCAUCAUAAUGUCUCUGUCAAUGCAACAAUUCCCAUUGACCCUCAUUGCAUGCUAAGUAAUGGCGAUUCAACAAGCAAAGAAAAUUGCCAUCUCAUGAAUACAAAAUCAGCCGAGCAGAUUAAAGGGGAAUCUACUGGAUCAACUGACCAGCAAAUUGAUCCAUCUGAUGCAGCUAACCCUAGCUUUGUCGAUAGAUCAAUUGUAAUAACUACUUGCACCUCAGCAAGCAGUGAUGGCAGUCAUAUUGGGCAUUGGAAUCCUUCUCCUUUACAAAUACCUUCUGAAAGCAAGGAUGAUAAUAAUUCAGGCUCUGGAAUGGUUGAGAGAAAUUUAACCGAUAAUUUUAUGUAUGUGGGAACUUAUUUUAAGCCUUAUGCUUACAUAAAUCACUAUAUGCAUGGGGACUUUGCAGCAUCAGCUGCUGCCAAACUGGCCAUUCUUUCAUCUGAGGAAAGUCGGGUUUCAGAGGUUCAUAAAUCAGCCAAUGGUAGGAAGGUCAAUUCUGACAUUUUAUUGCAAAUAAAAGCGUUUUCAGCAGCAGCUUCUCGUUUCUUCUGGCCAAGUUCUGAAAAGAAGCUUAUAGAGGUGCCAAGGGAGAGGUGCGGCUGGUGUCACUCUUGUAAGCUGCCUUCUAAUAACAGAAGAGGGUGUAUGUUAAAUUCAGCUGCCUUAACUGCUACUAAAGGCGCCAUGAAAAUCCUCAAUAGCCUUCGUCCUGUAACGAGUGGAGAGGGGAGUCUUCUUAGCAUAUCAACUUACAUUUUGUACCUGGGAGAGAGUUUAUGUGGUCUUACUGAUGGCUCCUUUGUCAAUGCAAGUUACAGAGAACAGUGGCGUAAGCGAGUAGAAAAUGCUUCAAGUUGCAGUGCAAUAAUGGGCCCCUUGCUUGAACUUGAGGAAAAUAUCCGAACUAUUGCUUUUUUAGGGGACUGGACAAAGGCAAUGGAUGUUUUGCUGGUCGAUUCUCCUAUGAUUCAAAUUGCUGCAAGCAAUGGUGGAAUCACUCAAAGAAGUGGACCAGGUGGGAAACGACAUAGGAAACAAUCUGGUGUGCCUGAUUUUAGAGCUAAUAGUAAUGAUGACAAAAGUUUUGUAUGGUGGCGAGGGGAAAAGCAAUUAAAGCUUGUGUUCCAGCAAGCAAUUUUGCCUCGGUUAGUGGUUAAAAGGGCAGCUCGGCAAGGUGGUUCAAAAAAGAUUUUGGGUGUCUUUUAUGUUGAUGAUCCUGAGCUUCCUAAAAGAAGCAGACAGAUGGUUUGGCGAGCUGCAGUUGAGAGGAGUAAGAAUGCAUCACAGUUAGCUCUUCAGGUUAGAUACCUAGACCUUCAUGUGAGAUGGACCGAUCUUGUUCGUCCUGAGCAGAAUAACCAAGAUGGAAAAGGUUCAGAGACAGAAGCCUCUGUUUUCAGAAAUGCGAUCAUUUGCGAUAAGAAAAUUGAGAAAAACAAGAUAUGUUACGGUGUUGCUUUUGGGAAUCAAAAACAUCUUCCUUCCCGCAUCAUGAAAAAUAUAAUUGAGAUAGAGCAAAGUGUAGAUGGGAAGGAGAAAUACUGGUUUUCUGAAACGCAUGUUCCUUUAUUUUUGAUAAAAGAAUUUGAAGAAAGGGUUGACCAAGUGGCUUUGCCAUCAGCCAAGAAGUCUUUGAAUGAACUAUCUGAGUUGCAAAGAAAGCAAUUAAAAUAUUCCCGCAGGGAUAUAUUUUUAUAUCUUACAUUUAAGAGAGACAAGUUGGAAAGAUGCUCUUGUGCAUCAUGCCAGCACGAUGUUCUAAUUAGGAAUACAGUCAAGUGUAGUGCUUGCCAAGGUUAUUGCCACAAGGAUUGUACCAUAAGUUCAACAGUUUAUAGAAAUGCUGAAGUUGAAUUCUUGAUUACCUGCAAGCAAUGUUGCAAUGCCAAAGCUAUUGUUGUUCAUGGCAAUGAUAAUGAACCUCCAAUCUUUCAUUUGCCCUUGCAAGGGCGAGAAUCUCAUGAUGUAUUGACAGCCCCUAAAGGUACAAGGAUUAAGCUUCGUUACAAUGCCAAACCUGUUGCCCAUGAAAAUGAUAAUGGAACUCCAUCUACUCCCUUAUCCUUGCAAGGGCCAGAAUCUCAAAAUAUGUUGACAGCCGCCAAAGGCACAAGGGUUAAAUUUCAUAUUCAGCCACCAUCCGUCAGAACUCAGAAUAGCAGUCCUGAGAUGAAACAAGAUACUUCUACUCCCAGCUUGGCAACAAAAACCCGAAGUAAAAUAUGCAAUUGGGGUGUCAUAUGGAAAAAAAAGAACACUGAAGACGCUGGAACUGAUUUCAGGCGUAAGAACAUUCUUUUUCCUGGGAGUUCAGUGAUGUUGAACCUUGUUUGUAAUCUUUGCAAAAAGAAGUAUGAUCGUGAUCUGAUGUAUAUCCACUGUGAAACUUGUAGUGGUUGGUUUCAUGCUGAAGCAGUAGAAAUUGACGAAUCGAACCUUCCUAAUGUGGUGGGCUUCAAGUGCUGCAGGUGUCGUAGAAUAAGAUCACCCAAGUGUCCUUAUGAUGACAACCCUGAAGGUGAGAAGCCAGUGGGCCAUAAGCAGAGUGAUAAGGUGUCGAAGAAAGGAAAUUUAAGAGUGAAUUCUGACUAUGCAGCUAUUGCUGAAUCUAAAGUGUGUGAGCCCAUAACUUCAAUAUUUCCCAAGGAGGAACCAUUUGUACAAGAUGAUGAUCCUCUGCUUUUCUCACUCUCAAGAGUUGAGCAAAUUACAGAGGCUAAUUCUGAAGUAGAGCUGGAAUGGCAUGGUGGUGGACAGGGGCCUCAGAAACUGCCUGUGAGAAGGCAUUUAAAGCCUCAAGUGACUGCUGAAGAGGAGCCAUUAUGUGUUGAUUGGAUGCAGAAAUUGCCAGUCAGAAGGCUCUCAAAGUCUCAAGCAGUUGCUGAAGGUAUUUUAAAGUCUCAAGUGAUUGCUGAAGGUACGCCUGAGAACAGUCAUUGUCCUAAAUCAUCUCUUCCUGUUGAUGGAAUUAACAUAAUGGAUCCUAAAGAGGAGCCAUUACAUGUUGAUUGGCAUCAGAAACUGCCAGUCCGAAGGCUUUCAAAGCCUCAAGUGAUUGAUGAAGGUAUGCUUGAGAACAGUCAUUAUGCUAACCCAUCUGUGCCUGUUGAUGGAAAGAACACCUUUGCUCCUGAAGAGGAGUCAUCUUGUAUGGAAUGGGAUGCAUCUGCUAAAGACUUUGAAGGUGAGAUGCCGACGGACUAUGAGCUCAAUUAUGAGGAUAUGGAGUUUGAACCACAGACCUACUUUUCUUUUGGGGAGUUGCUGGAAUCUGAUGAUGGUGGCCAGUUGGAUGGAUUUGAUGUUUCAGGAAAUGUUAUGGUGAACUCUGGUAAUCAGUCCUAUGCAGUUUUACAGGAUGGAUUUUAUGAACAGUGUGCAAGAGAUAAUUCUGGUAAUCCCCUGGAACCAAUGACUGCUCCAGAAUUAAGCUUCAAAACAAAGCAUUGUAAGAUGUGUUCACACUCUGAACCAGUCCCUGAGCUUACAUGCAAGGUUUGCGACAUAGUAAUACACAGUCACUGUUCUCCUUGGGUUGAGUCAUCUUCUCCAGAAGGAACCUGGACGUGUGGUAAAUGCCUAGAACGGCGGUAGACAACUCAGCUAUCUCCUAUGGUUUCACGCUGUUUUUAUUGGCUGCGAUGAUGCUAAAAGGAAUUUUAUAUAUUGGACUAAGAGCUGGGAACUAAACUACAGUUGACUAAUAUUUGUUCAAGCAGGAAUAGCAUACUGAGGUUGUGCAUUAUUAAGACAAGCGAUGAUGCACCAGUUCCAUUUUUCAACGUGGAGGCAGCUGAUGAAGCUUUUUUUAUUAAAAACAAUGUCAUGGUUAGGGGGGGGGGUCCUCUCUUGGACUGCCUGCGUUGGUGCUUUCUAAUGGAGUUAUCUUCCUACUCAUAGAAUCCGAGUCUUAUGGGACGUACAGACCAUCUCUUUUUAAUUGGGUCUGUCAGGCAAGUUGGUUUAUGAAGGAGGAUGGGAUAUUAUCAGGUCAAAGCGGAUCAUUUUGGUGAAAUGGUAGAAUCAAUUCACAACCUCGUAGAUAUAAUACCCUUUUCGGGGGAUAGGCAGAUUUUUUUGGUUGUGCUUAUCGGAUUACAUUGCUUGUAUAGAUCGCAUGUCCGGCACAAAUUUUGAGAUGAAUUUAAAUGCAUAAUUCCCAGCAUUAUUUUAUUGGGACUAUCAUCUUGUAACUGUCUUUUUAGGAUGGGAAAUGCAAAUUUUGAACAUUUCGGAUGUU